UUGGGACUGCAAACUAUUUCUGGCUCUCCUGGUCCGCACUGACCCAGAGCGCCCGGGAGAGCAGGCCGGUGGGACAGGGGGGAAAUCUCCAAGCUCCUAGGGGUGUGGAAGGGUCCCCAGGGCCUCCGUCCCCCAACCCGGGGGCCUGGCCCAACGACGAGACAUCCCCGGGGGGACAGAGCCGCGCCGGGGGAACCUGUCAGGCCCAUCUGGGUCCAGCCAAGCCCUCUGUCACCCUCCCCUAUCGAGCCCCUGACACUCUGGCCCCGGCCUCCGUGGGGUCACUGACUCCACGGCGAGCGUCUUGCCGGGUGACCAGUGAGGCACCAUGACCCGCGAAGAAAGUCCUCCUGACACCUCAUCCGCCCAGGGCUUCUACGCCAAGUAUGAACCCAAGGAGAUCCUGGGGAGGGGCGUGAGCAGCGUCGUGCGCCGCUGCAUCUACAAGCCGACGGGCCAGGAGUACGCGGUGAAGAUCAUCGACAUCACGGCGGGAAACCUGCAGCCGGACGAGGUCCGGGAGCUGCGCGAGGCCACCCUCAAGGAGAUUGAUAUCCUGCACAAGGUCUCCGGACACCCCAACAUCAUCCAGCUGAAGGACACAUACGAGACCAACACCUUCUUCUUCCUCGUAUUUGACCUGAUGAAGAGGGGAGAGCUGUUCGAUUACCUCACCGAGAAGGUCACCCUGAGUGAGAAGGAAACCAGAAAGAUCAUGCGGGCUCUGCUUGGAGUCGUCCAGUACCUCCACUCCCUCAACAUCGUGCACCGGGACCUCAAGCCCGAGAACAUCCUCCUGGAUGACGACAUGAACAUCAAACUCACCGACUUCGGCUUCUCCUGCCAGUUGGCCCAGGGCGUGAGGCUCCGAGAGGUGUGUGGCACCCCCAGCUACCUGGCCCCCGAGAUCCUGGAGUGCUCCAUGGACGAGAACCACCGGGGCUACGGGAAGGAGGUGGACCUGUGGAGCACGGGGGUGAUCAUGUAUACGCUGCUGGCCGGGUCCCCCCCUUUCUGGCACCGGAAGCAGAUGCUGAUGCUGCGCAUGAUCAUGGUCGGCAACUACCAGUUCGGCUCCCCGGAGUGGGACGACCGCUCGGACACAGUCAAGGACUUGAUCUCCCGCUUCCUGGUGGUGAACCCGCAGCGACGCUGCUCGGCGGAGGAGGCCCUGGCUCACCCCUUCUUCCAGCAGUACGUGGCCCAGGAGGUGCGACACUUCAGUCCCUUCCGCAAGUUCAAGGUGAUGGCGCUGACUGUCCGGGCCGCCGUGCGCAUCUACUACCAGUACCGCAGGGCAAAGCCCGUGACCCGGGCCAUCGUCAUCCGUGACCCCUACGCCCUGAAGCCGCUGCGCAAGCUCAUCGACGCCUGCGCUUUCCGCAUCUACGGCCAUUGGGUCAAGAAGGGGCAGCAGCAGAACCGGGCGGCCCUGUUUGAGAACACGCCCAAGGCCAUGCUGCUGGCCCUGGCAGAGGAGGCCUGCUGAGAACCAGCACGGAGAGUGGGCAGGCAGACAUAGACGCCCAGGCCGGGGAUAGGGAGGACCAGACGUCCAGAUGGGGGAUAGGGAGGCCCAGACCUCCAGAUGGGGGAUAGGGAGGCUGAGGUAGACGCCCAGACGGGGGAUAGGGAGGCUGAAACAGAAAAACAGAUGGGGGAUAGGGAAGCCCACGCGCCCAGACAGUGGGGUAGGGAGGGGCCGAACAAGUGCUUAUGGCAAGUAAAAGACCAAGUUCAAGACA